AUGUUAGGAACAGAUGGCACCUCAGUGGAGGACACAGACCUCCAAUGUCUCUACACUGCCCCCAACUGGUACCAGUCCCAUGUCAUGGACUCUAACGGUACUUACAUCGCCUACGGAGCCCGCAACAUGGUUCAGAUCCUCUCCUUGGAGUUGGUUCCCGUCAGGAUGCUCUCCUCUCAUCCUAAGAGGGUAACAGCGGUUUGCUUCGCAGAGGGAAACGUGCUGGUGUCAGGGUGUGAUGGAGGUGUGGUGAUGACGUGGUGCGUGGAGACUGGGGUUGUGUUGUCGACCCUUCUUCAGACCCCUAUUUGUGUGGCGGCGCUUGUUUUUAAGAGCGGCCAGCUUUUCUCGGGUGACGAGAAGGGGAUUGUUUGUGUGUGGGAUUGGGAGGAAUUGAGAAAAGGAAAGACUUUUUCAAGGUUUCAGCCGUUUUCGGAAAAGAUUAUAACUAUGGACUGUUCAGAUCAUGCUGAUGGGAGGUUCCUAGCUUUGGGCUAUAAGAUGGGAACUAUUGCUAUUAUGUCCGUUAAGGGCACAGAAAUGACUCUAAUGCACACCCUUAAAGGCCACGACAUGGAUAUAUUCAGAGUAUCUUGGUGUAAAAACAACUUUCCAAAUAUUUAUUCCUCCAUCACAACAGACUUACCUAUCGAAAAUUUAGUGGUAUCAACAUCUCGAGACAAAUCAAUCAAACUGUGGGAUGGCUUCAGUAACAGACUUAUCCGAUCACUUCCGUAUCCACCGAAACUAUCAUCAGGAAGGGAAAGCAAUCUAAACCGGGAGCAACCUUGGUCUUCAGUGACCUGGACUGAUGCCGGGAUAGUUGCGUCCUCUGCUACUGGCGAUAUAGCCCGCUUGGAGGAAUUGACGACUGAAGAGGGUAUCUCAGAACUGAAAUGGAAAUCUUUCGAUAGCCCUCAUGGACACAGCAAGAAAGUGUUCACUAUCUGUGAUUUAGGGAAUAGCCAGGUUGUGACCACUAGUAUGGAUAGAGAAACAAUCCUGUGGAGAGAGGGGGAGUGUGCUAAAGUUGCUCACGGGUUGGGUGGCUUUGCUUAUGGUCUAGACAUCUCACCACUGUCGCCUAACCGCAUCGCUGUGGCUACCGGCGACAACAUGGUCAGGAUCUGGGAGCCUUAUCAAAAUAAAGUUAUUCAGGUAUGGCAAAGUGUGAGGACUAAAGUGAUGGUUGUGGCAUGGCAUCCUUAUAAAGAGGGGGUGGUGAGUUUUGGAACUGAGGAGGGUAGAAUUGGGAUUUACGAUGUAAAUUCCGGAAACAUGAACACUUCUUCUACUUAUCACGAAAAGCCGGUAUAUUCUAUGAGCUGGGGUUAUGUACCUACCAAGUUCGGUGAGGAUCCCCUGAAGACGGGCCUGUAUUCCUGUGGCGGGGAAGGUAUCAUCUUCUGUCACAAACCCAAGGAGUUAGGGAAAACAGCACCAAAUGUUAACUCUUAUCUUGCCGCGGAGAACAACUACAAGCACCAACCCCCAGCCCGAACUGCUGUGGACUGGGAGUUUAACUCUAAACUCCUUGCUGUGGGAAGCAGCAAUGGAGUCAUUGAGAUAUUCAAGGCUCCCAAUCUUCAGUUGCUUACCGUCUUCCAAUAUCACACUCGGAUCAUCAAUAAGUUGAGAUGGGGUAGGAAUGAAGGAGAUAAAGUUAUUUUCAAGUCAUCCACUAUCGAAGAGAACGUAGAGUGCCCUCCAUCAGAUCAGCCCCAACUUCUACUCGGAUCCUGCAGUGACGAUAACAUGAUCUGUGUACAGGACCUCUCUAGCAUCACUCCCUCCACCACACCCAUCCUCAAAUCAGACCAGACUCUUAAAGGUCACACUGCUCGACUCACGGAUAUCGAUUGGAACCCACACAACUUCAAAUACAUCGUAUCAUCAUGUUACGACGGUACUGCUCAAGUUUGGGACAUAGAACAAGGGGUUGGUGUUUCUAGUUUCAGAGGUCAUGCUGGCCGGGUUUUCAGUGUCAGGUGGUCUCAUACCAAGAUUGACUGUGUUUUCUCCGGAUCUGACGAAUUUACUGUGCGGCAAUGGAAGGUUUCAGAAAACACGGAAAAGAAUCCUCCGAAAGUAAACCCUCUUGCGCCCACUCAUAAACCAAAUAACAAUAGGAAAAAGAAGAAAAACGCCAAGAAAAACGUAGUUAUCUCGGAGAACAAGGUGGAAGUGGUCUCCGUGUCUGAUAAAGCGCUAACCUGGAGGAAACCAGCACCAUCCAGCACUACUCCUGAUCCUGCUGACGAACCCGCCAUGAAAUCAGAGCCCAUGACAGUAUCUGUUAGUGAUGUCAAACGCAAAAGAGGGACCAAGGGGAAGUCUCUGCUGCCUCUUGCAUCACGUCGUGACCAUUGUUCCAAGUCUGAACAAGCUCAUCAAAUCCUACAAAUUGCUAACGAUAUAUUUACCGACCAACCCUACUGUGAUGACUCGUUGACUGCUGCUGAUAUAGGUUUGUAUAGCAGUCGUUCCAAAACAUUCGAACUCGUCGCAGAAGAGCGUAGGAGCCACAGCACAGAGAACCAUCAUCACCAAGCAGCUCUUUUAGGGAUUUGGAGUAGUGACAUUCGAGCCACUAUCGACCAUGCUAUCCAAACCAAAACUGUGACUGAAUCCCUUCUCUCGGUGGCUGUGACAUGUGGUAUGGACAAGUAUCGAGAGGCUGUUAAAUGCUUUGUAGCCCAGCUCACUGCCUCACGAGACUUCGUCACCGCCGCCUCCUAUCUCCUGAUACUAGGUGAGACGAAACAAGCUAUAGCCAUGCUCGUCGCGGAGGAGUGCUUCCGGGAGGCACUUGCCAUCGCUAAAAUGAGACUGUCUCCAGAUGAUGAGGUUAUAAAGAAUAUCUACGAGAAGUGGGCUGGUAAGCAAGAGAGGGAAAUGCAGUUUGACUCCGCUAUCAAGUGUUAUCUAGCUAGUGGAGAUGCCAGACGCGCCAUCAUGGUUAUGCUGAGGAGAAAAGAUGUGGCGUCUCUGGAGACAACUCUGAAAGUAGCGGAGAUUGUUAAAGAGGAGGAGAUGUUGCCAGCUAUUAGAGCAGCUUUAGAGGAGGCCAGGUUGAGCGAAGAGAAUUCUGCUCACGUAGUUAGUGGUGAGAUAGAGGUUAGUAAUAACAACAGAGAUGUGGAAAAUGGAGACAAAUGUGGGUUGAGUGGGUCAGUUGAGCAGCCUGCCCUUCAAAAUGGCAGCUGAUUGUUUUGUGUGACAUAUUUCGUUUAAGUUAAAUUAAGCUUUUUAUCGUUAAUUUAUUGCCAGCAUGUGAAACUUUAUCUUAUCUUUAAUUGUAAUUGCUCUUGUUAAUUUGUUAUUUUAAUUUUUAUAUUUUCGAUA